AAAUUUCCACUAGUUAUGAGAUCAUGCGCUUGUCCUAACGCUCAUAUCUCCACGCUCUUCUUUAUACGUGACAGUUUGAUUGCAUCAAAGAGAUCACUACGAACACAAAAAGAAAAUUCCCUUUCUGUAUUAUUUGAUUGAGUUCGUGAAACAUUCUUUAGUGGAAAAAAGUACAAGAAAAAUCCAUUUCCGGGACAAUAAGGGUGCAUCAUCAUCGAUGUCUAUCAAAGCUUCUGGAAUUCAAAGAGUGCCAUUAUCAGAUGAGAACAAUCAAAGCCAUCCAGAAAUGGGUUCUAACGUUCAGACCACAAAGAAAUUUAUCCCAAAGUAUUACAUGUACCAAACCGUAUCUGCAGCUAGCAAGGUCGCUGUCCCGAGAAAGAAAAUCUUAGGCGAAAGGAAUGCGGCCCCAGAAUCGAUGUUCUCCGAUUCCCAUAUCCAAAAGACCCCGAUUGAAUCAAAAAUCACUUUUGUGAAUCCCGGAGCCGAUAUUUCAGAUAUAUCAUCGCCGCAGGGGUUUGAAUCCGAUGAGAAUGGGGAGAAUGUUCUUGUUGCUGAUGUUUCUUUGCGGCCCUAUGAUCCGCUAACUAAUUAUCUUUCUCCAAGACCUAAAUUUCUCCGGUACGUGCCGAACAGGCGCCGCGAGAUUUUUCUUCGCCGAGAAAAAAAUAUCAAAGAAGGAAAAGAUGAGUCGUAUAUUAGUACAAGUGGUUCUUUUGAAUUCGGGAAAGCUAGUGGGGAGGAAUCUGACUCGGUUUGCGGUCGUGGCUCUUUGCCUUCAUCUCACGAAGGAUCUUUACAGCAAGAAGACGAAGAAUUUGAGGAAAGUGAUGUGGAAAUUGAGGAGGUAGAGGAGGAAAGAGGUAGGAGCUUGAAAAGGGUGCUGGAGUUUUUAGUUUGGUCUUUUCUUUUCGUUCUUUCUGCCUUGUAUAUAUCUUCAAUGAAUUCUCCAGCACCUUCACCUAGUUUACAAUCUUUUGAGGGUCUUAAUAAAGGUGGGUACCUUAAGAUUUUAAACCGUCGGAAGCUUUAUUGGCUGGGAGACUUGAAAGUGGAAGUGACAUUUGGGAUCGGGCAGAAGAAAUACAAUUAGAUUUGGGUCGUGGACACCAGAGAGAUAGGAUUGAGGAACAAAAAACGGUGGAAGAUGUGAAAAUAGGAGUAGACAUUGCUGAGGAGCUCAUUGAAGUAAUAUAUCUAAAGGGUGCAAAAAGUAAAGCUUUAGAGGUAGUUGAAGAUAGAAAGAAGGGAACAGUUGAUGAGUUGCGUGAAAUGAUAGAGCCACAAGCUGCAGAUAUUGACGAAGGUUGUGACCAUAAUAGAUAAGGGAUUUUUCUGAUACGAUGAUUGAUAAUCAUAAGUUGCAAAUUGGUAAAACUAUACAAAAGUUUGAAACUUUGCAGGAUUAUCAGGCACAAUCCACGUUUGAUGGAAGGGAUCGCCUAAUCAUAGAAUUCGAUAUUGCAAAUAUUCUUGAAGAAGGAAAUGAUUUUAUGGUGGAUUCAGCUGAAGAAGUUCACAAUGAGCAAGCUGGAGAUGGUGAAGUUAUCGGAUCAGAGAGAAUGGGCAAUGGUGAUACAGACUUUGAGAUUCUCAAUCUUGAAGCAGAAGGAUAUUUGGAGGAUAGCCUAACAAAGUACUUGGAAAUCGAAUUGUUGUUAAUGAAAGCGAUUAUUGGGGCUUCAGUAUUUUCUGUGAUCGUUGCCUUUUUGGUCUGGGGUUUCCACCAUAAGCGUAUGAAAGCUUCAGUGAAGGAUUCUUGUCUAUUUGCAAGGCCUUGUUUUGAAUCUCUGGUGGUAGAUAUGGAGAAAACUAUUGGAAAGGAUUCUUCUAUGACCCCAAAGCCUUCUUUGAUCUCAAAACCUCGUAUUGAAUCUGUCAUAGCAGAGAAGCAUAGCUCAGUGCUUUGUAAUAGGGAAGAGAUGCACAUGGAACGUUUUGGCUCUUUCGUGAGUUAUUCAUCUUUUCAUGCAGUGGAGGAGUCUCUCAAAGGUAAUAAUGAAAGCCGAGCACCAACAAUUGAGUUGCUCGGGGAGUUUGUGUUUGGAGAGGUAAGCAGCUCUCAGAGCUGGGCUAUGAAAAACUGGAGGAUAGAAAGUGAAGAGAGCGAGUAUUAUGUUUCCACGAAGUCAAGGAACAAAGUCCAUUCAGAUCCUGUACAACCCCAGCCGGCUUUGUCGGAGCUCUCUACGAUGGAUUCUCAUUCAUGUGCAAGAUAUACUUCUGGGAAGAAGAUUGUGAAAGAAAAGGGGGGCAAAGAUGGAGAAGCGCAGGUAAUAACAAAUUCAGCAAGGCGGUCAAGCAGAAUCCACAAUCGCCCAGUCAUGUCUCCAUGAAUUACUCUGUCACCUCUGUUGUUUAGCAGAUGUUGCCCUGGUUGGAACAGCAUCCUCUGUUGUUUCAAGUUUUAGCCUUCAUAUAUUGGAAACUUUCAAGGAGUAGGCCGUCAAACAUUCCUGACUGUAUAACUGCUCGUAUAGCUGCUCAUAUAACUACCGAGCAGUCGUUAAUCUUAUGAGAAGAUUUCUUGUAAUUUUGGAUUGUAAUUCAUCCAUCUUUGACUACUACAUUCAUCCAUCUUUACCACCGACUUGUCUUUCAUAGAUUUGUUUCUUAUCCCUUUCUUUAUCUUCCUGUCUUAUCUAUCUGCUUCAUAGCACUUAGUCUGUAACAUAUUGAAGGUUGGACGCCGUCCUCUUUCCAGGGUGAUAAUUAUAAUAAUGGGCAUUGUGCAUUGCACAAUUUGCAAA